AGAUGGUGUUGCUUCUUCAGAGUCACAAACGGGAAAACCACACUUGAGUUUCGUUAACAAAGGUGGCAGGGGAGAAGCUGAAUCUGGCGAUAUGGACAGCAGGCGGAUUCCUCGGUACCCAGACAGUCACCAGCUCUUUGUUGGCAACCUCCCACACGACAUUGACGAAAGCGAGCUCAAAGAGUUUUUCAUGACGUAUGGGAAUGUUGUGGAGCUGCGGAUCAACACCAAGGGCGUCGGUGGGAAGCUGCCCAACUUUGGAUUCGUGGUCUUUGACGACUCUGAUCCUGUGCAAAGAAUCUUGGGGGCCAAGGUAGAAGGGGCAUGUAUUGAAAUUUCAUUACCCACUUUCAUUCAUCUGGUGGUGGUUUGGGGACACACAUUUCUGCAACUUAUACACAAUGUGACACAGUAG